CUGGUCUGACCGGCCCAAUCCCCAAUUCAAGUGACUCUAAAUAAAUCCCCAAGAUGGAACCCCCUCAACCCCCCGCCCGGCCCCUCGCCUCCCAGGAGGAGCUGAAACGCUUCUACCUCGGCAAACACAUCGACUCCGUGCCGAAACCGGCGGUAGUCCUCGACAUCGCCAUCAUCAAGCGGCACUGUGCAUCGAUGCUGGAAGCAGCAAAAUCAUUGGAUGUCGGAUUUAGAGCGCAUGUUAAGACUCAUAAGACACCGCAACUCGCGCGCCUACAAGUCGGCGAGGAGAGUACGGAGUGUAACUUCGUGAUAUCCACCGUACUAGAAGGAGAAACCAUCCUCCCGCUCCUGAAAGACCUCCAAGCCAUUGGACGCAAAGUCAAUGUCCUCUACGGCAUCCCCCUGGUUCCGUCGCAGGUUACCAGACUAGCUGCGUUGGCGCGUCAGCUAGGAGAGAAGAGUAUCUCGGUUAUGAUCGACCAUCCGGAUCAACUGAACCAUUUGACUGCUUUCUACAACGUCGCGGGUGUGGCUGCGUGCGUGUUUCUUAAGGUUGACUCCGGCUAUCACCGUGCGGGGCUUCCGCCCGCCAAGCUGAACAAGAACGGGCUGCUGGAGAGAGUGGCUGAGGAGGAGCGGGUCGGACGCGCUGUCCUUCUGGGAAUGUACUCGCAUAACAGUCUGAGUUAUUCGGGGUCUACUCCGGAGGAGCUGAUGGCGUAUCUAGCGGAGGAGAUUGUCAGUUGUAAGGAGGCGUUGAAGCAGAAUAUGCAUCUGCUUCCGAAGGAUCGGGAGCUGGUGGUUAGUGUGGGGGCGACGCCGCAGGUGGUCUCGGUGAAUAAUCUCCUGCAGGGGACGCUCAGUCGUGAGGCGCAGGCAUUGAAGACGCUGCUGCAUGAUUCGGACCCCGGCAUCAGCGCGCCAGUCAAGGUGGAGCUCCAUGCGGGUGUUUAUCCGGUGCUGGAUAUGCAGCAGCUGGGAACCAACGCGCACAGAACCGGAGAGGCGGAGAAGGAGAUUGCGAUCUCUGUGGCCGCGGAAGUCUGCAGUGUCUACAACAACGAUGAACGGUCCAGGCCAGAGGCGUUGGUUGCGGCAGGCUCAUUGGCCCUGGGGAGAGAGCCGUGCCAGUCGUAUCCGGGAUGGGGUUUGGUUAGGGGAUACAGAGAGGGCUCGUCGCGACUGAUUGUCGAGCGCAUCAGCCAGGAACAUGCGAUUGUGGCGUGGGAGAAGGGGGAGGCGAAGAUCCCCCUGCAGGUUGGCCAGACUGUGGGGAUCUACCCCAACCACGCAUGCAUCACGGGAGCCUUGUAUGGGUGGUAUCUGGUGGUGGAUUCCAGCCAGGCUGAGGGAUCAAAGAUUGUGGAUGUGUGGCCGAGGCCAACGGGGUGGUAGAUCCAUACUCUGUAGUCUAAUGUGAUAGUAGAUGUACAUCCUCCACUCUUCACCAUAAGAAUAGAUACAUCCA